GCGCAUCGCACGCGGUGAUGACACAGUGAGUGAGUGACAAUGGUUACCGGUGUCGGGCAGCCGGCCGCGCCGGAGAAAAAGGAGAAUAGGAGGAGUAAUAAGCCGAUAAUGGAGAAGCGACGGCGCGCGCGCAUCAACAACUGCCUCAACGAACUGAAGGCGCUCAUACUGGACGCUAUGAAGAAAGACCCAGCCCGCCACUCAAAACUGGAGAAGGCUGACAUCCUGGAGAUGACAGUGAAGCACCUCGAAGGCCUCCGUACCGAGUCAUCGCCGGACCGGUUCCGUGCCGGAUACCGGCACUGCCUGUCCGAAGUCGCCCGGUUUCCGGGGCUAGAAGCUGGGUUAAAGAAACGCCUGGUGAAGCACCUGGAGGGGAAUGUAGCUAGGCCUCCUGGAGCGCCGACGCCACCGUCUGAUGCUGAAGACGCGAACGCUGUACCGCAUUCUACUAUUUUAAUAUCAGCGGGUCCCGGCUCCGGAGUCCGCCUGGUCCCCACUCGCCUCUCCAACGGGGACCUCGCGCUCGUCCUCCCGGCCGGCGUCAGCGCCAGCGCCCUCGGCGCGGUGCCCACCCUCGUGCCCCUCUCCCCGCGAGCCUCCUCCGCCUCCUCAGAGCCCCGCUGCUUCUCGCCGGCCAGCUCUGGUUGGGGAUCACCACCACCUGCUGAUGAACCUGCACCUUUAGCGUUAGUUACUAGGAAGACUACGGAGGAUAAGCCGUGGAGACCGUGGUGACAGUUUUUUGUAUCUGCUUUUUGAGGAUUCUGAAUGUUGUGGGGUCUAAAGUGUUUCUGGUUGCUGUUUGGGUGCAUUCCAAAAAAUGCCCGUUACUAAAUGCUUUUGUUUUGUACGGCAGCUACUUCAAUCAAAUCCGUAAAACUCGAGAAAAUGCUGCCAAUUUAUUUUAACCAAGUCACGAAAGAUUGUCAGAGACUAAAUCGCUUUCUUAGCAUUUUCAGAAGUAUUACAAGAAUCGCUUCUCGUUAGGGACAUUUGGUGGAAUUUUAGUGUCUAAAUAUUUGAAACCUGCACUUGAAACCCAUUGAAGGCAGAGGAUUAUUUUUCAAGACUUCCAUUCAGAAUUCUCAAAAGACCACGAGCAUGCAUAAAUACUUAAUAUUGGAUUCUGUGAUAUACUUUUAAGUCUGUGAAUGGCGAGAAUGAAGUUCCUAGAUUAAAUAAAAGCGUGUGUUUUAUUUAAGUUUGUAAAUAUAGAAAGUGUAAAUUUUUCUCAAGCUACUUGCAUGGCCAGUACAAGUGUGUGUGCGAUAUUUUAAGGAUAUGUAUUUCUAUUUCAUUUAGAGUCCAGUUUAGAAUUCUCAAUUUGUUAUGAGUUUGAUGCGAUAUUGAAGAUGUACGUCGAUUACAAAGACGAUAAUCAGGUGUUUAUCAAAACCAUUAUGAUUUGUUGAUUCAGAAUCGACUUCUUGGCCUUUAUUUUAAAGUCGCAUUGAUUUAGUCUUCCUUAAGUUAAAUGUAGAUCCUUAGUUAUGGUUUGUAUAUUUGUGAAAGACAUCUGAGGCAGUAUUUCGUAUUAUUAUGUGAGAGAACGGUGUGUUCGAUAUAUUUUAUACAGAAUUAUUAAAUAAAUCUUAUUUUGUUUUUAUUUCUGUACGUCGCGCCAUUGUUAAUAAGAGGGGAAGCGUUGAAAAGGUUAACCUACUCUUUUUUUGGCUUUGCUAACACUUAAUAAUAUGUGACAUUCCAUGUCAAAAGGGUCCAUUAUCAAUAAAGACCUUUUUAUCAGAAAUUGUAUUAGAAUUUUUGAUGAAGAGUAACUUCAACACAUUAAAGGACACUUUGGACGUGGAAAAUAUAUAAUCGCUAUUAGUUACGACAUACACUUAAGAUAUAUAAACAACUUAAUUGUCCAUCUAAAGAAUUCUGUGUGCCUUACAGCAAAAUCGAAUAGUCUUCCAAUACUUAGAUGUAAGUGAGAUUAAAAUUAUAAUUUAUGUUAAGUGCUCGAGAAAAAAAUCGAUGGCGCAUAAGUGUAUUAAAAUCGCAAAAGUAUAGCCCUAUCAAAUCCAAUUCAAUUUCACUACUUUUUAUCGACAUAUAAAACCAGUGGUUUAAAAUAAAAGUACCUACACACAUAUACAAGUGUUAUGACUGCAUGGUUUAAAUAUUUCUAAAAAUCUUUGAAAAUAUAAUGUAACGUUAUUUGUUUCUACCAUUUAUUGUUUUUAUACUAUACCAAUUCUACUGCUUCGAAAAAAGAACUUAGUUUCGAAAAAAGAUGUAAAAUAACUCUUUUAAUUUCUUUAGAGCACUGUUUAUCACUUACUAGUUUUUUAAGUUAAUAUAACGUACCUACAUUUAAUAUAAAAUUGUGUCAUUUUUCUAGUAAAAAGUCCCAUUAUUUGAAAAAAGUUAACUUCAUGUCAUCUGGGAUCGGCUCUCGUACAGUCAGCUGCAGAGAAAAGUAGACCACAUUUGUAUGCAAGGGGGUCUAGGAAGCUUUGACAGGUUAUUGCUAUACUACAUUUCAAAUACGAAGGCCCAAUAGUACUUGAAACUUAGAAAAGGGCUUCUUAUCUAAGUAGGACCACUUCAAACUGGCACGUAUCGGCGCAAACUUUAAACAACUAAAGCGAAAGUGCGAGUAAAAUAAUGCCAAACCGAAAAAAGGUCUGGCCAUCUUUUUUAUUAUAAAUGGGCUUACUUUUGGCCACAUACUAGCCAAAGGCAGAGACGUGGCUUACGACGGAGUGAGCUCGCCCAGAAGGUGCCUGUUCACUCUUGAUUUGAAGGUAACCAUAUAACCAUAACCAUAUGAGCUCGGAAAUAUAGCCGCCGGCAAGGAAUUCCACUCCUUGGCAGUGCGUAGGUAUAAGAAAAGAAGAAGCAAACCUGUUUUCACUAAAAAAAUCUUAACGCCUAAUGAUCGGCUCAAGUGCUAUCGGGCCUUUCUAUUUGAAAUGGAGUAUGAUAAAGGUAGAAACAAAUCUUCAGUGAGUUACAAAGUGGGACUUUUGACUAAUUUUCGACACAAAUGCUCAAUAACUUAGUUUGUUACCGAAAGAAAACAGUCGAUUAGUGUCUUCCUUUAUAAGUUACCUAAAGAAAGAGCCAGCAAAAUAAGUAUUGUAAAUGAAAAAAAUGUACCUCUAUUUUAUGAAUAACUAACACUCAUGAUAACUUUACAUGGCUAUCUUGUAAAUGCUUACAUUGCUGCCUGGGCCUAAGGUUCUAGUGUUUGAAGUAGUGCACGCACAUAUGAUAUGCCACGCCGGCCAUAUGCCACCUCUAAUAAAUAACAGUAUAUUACAAAGCGCACGUCAACGCUACGCAUACGCAUGCGGUGUACGUGCCCGCCUUGUUCAUGGAUUUAUGAUUUAGUAAAGAUGGCUCAUCAUUCAUAUUAUAUUUACUUUAUUUUUACAUACAUGCGUUUUUAACCUUAGUAAAUCAAUUGUAGAUUUAAGUUAAGAAAAUAUUCAAUAAAUGACUUCAUAAAAAAAUGGAAGGCAUGCACUUAAUUUUGAUUUUCUAUUAAAUACUAAAGUUAUGUGCAAAUAUUUUUAAGAUGUCACUUAAUUCAAAAUAUUAAACUUUUAUUGUGUGUAACUACAUAUAUUUACCUUUUUAUGUCUUCUUAUAAAGUAUAUUAGAGUAUAUAUCGUGAUAUUAAAUACUAAGAUGCCUCUGUUGUAUAAGGUACCUAAAAGUGUACAGUUUCUAAAACUAAGAGCUAAAUGUACCUAAAAGAAUAUGCCAUUUAAGUAAAAUAGAAAUACAUUUAUGAUAACAAAGUA